CACUGCGCGUCCCACCAUCCUGCCGAGGGUGGACGGGUACAGUACCCGGGGACAACUGCAACCCCACGGCACUUUUGUUCCAACAACGCACACAGGGUUAUUUAACUGUUGCCUGAUUUAGUUCAGUUGUGACACCUGUAAAGGGAACUGGGAACCUUUUCGGAAGGCAACGUUUUUUCUCUAAGGCAGCUCUCCUGCAGGACCUGGGAGACUUUUUAUGGCUGUGUUGCACUGAAAGAAUUGGGUCUUUAUCCCACAGCAAAUCCAAGUUCACAGUGGCUUCUGGAGGAAACAAAUGACCUCAGGAAUGCGAUAACCCCAUGCAUAGCACCUGAUAAAUGGAGAGAGCCCAACCCACAGCCCAGUGCGCACCCCACUGCUGGGCCUUCCCACCCCGCUGCGGGGAAUGGCCCGAGCCACACACCGACUGGGGCAGCGACAGCCCGGCACCAGCGCCCCGGGCCAGCCCUUCCCGGCUGGCUCAGAGCUCGUCCCUGGCUCCACCGAGCAGUGACACGCUCCGGCUCCCGGUGAAGGCCGGGCCCUCCCGGUUACGGGGCGUGAGGAAGCGGACAGGCGCCGAGGCCCUCGUAGGACCCGCAGAGCGGGGCUGCUCCCCGGGGGCUGCGCUGCCCGCCGGUGCCGCCGCCGGCGCUGCGGGCGGCCGUGAGCGGGAGCCCCGGACGGACCCCCCGAGCCGCGCUCGGUCCCGGCUGCCGCUGGGCCCCGGCGGGCCGGCACCCACGGCGCGUGCGCGCCGCCCGCCGGCCCCGUGACGUCACGCGCGAAGCUCGGCGUUCCUCCUUGUCCGUCCGGUUCCCGCGGGGAUCGCCGAAUAAUCGCUGUCACGCACCCGCCCCGCCGGGCGGAAGGGUGCUCGCAGUUUGCCUGGACAGUCCGUGCAGGAGCUCCUCUGGCAGCGGUAUUACAGUGUGUGUGCCUUGAGUUCAGGAUACAGCCAUCAGACAUCAGUAUCAGCACCAAACCCAGUGCUCACUGCUCCGAUGGCUCCGCCACCUCCGGAUCCACAGUUUGUGCUCAGAGGUACCAGUGCUGCAGUCCACACUCUGCGUUUUUCCUGUGGAGGCCCAGAACCUGAUACCCCCCUCCUUUUCUCUGGGUCUGAGAAUGGGUUAAUCCAUGUCUGGAACCUGAAAACACACAGAGUGGACUCUGCACUGGAUGGCCAUGGAAGAAAAUCUGUCUACUGCGUGGAGACAAUGGGUGGUAAAGAAAAGCUUCUCAGUCAGGGGCGCGACCAGAGGAUCUGCUUGUGGGAUUUAGCAGAGGGACGGACUGCAGUGACGGAUUCUGUCUGCACGGAGCAUGUGGGAUUCUGCAGAUGCUCUCUGUUAAAGGUGGCACAGGGACGCUGGCUAAUGGCCAUGGCAGCCAGAAGCCUGGAGGAGGUUGAGAUUUUGGAGCUGCCAUCCAAGACGUCAGUCUGUACCUUGAAGCCAGAGGUGGGUGCCAAGCUGGGCAUGCCCAUGUGUCUGAAGUUAUGGCAGCUCAGCUGUGGUUCACAACCUGUGCUUCUGGCUGGCUAUGAAGAUGGAUCAGUUGUCCUCUGGAAUGUGUCAAUGGGAAAAGUGUUGAGCCGACUCAUUUGCCACCAGGAGCCAGUGAUGAGCCUUGACUUUGACGCAGAGAAGGCCAAGGGGAUCUCGGGCUCAUCUGAAAAGGUGCUCAGCAUCUGGAGCCUCAAUGAGCAACAGAACCUCCAGGUUCACAAAACACUUGAACUGAUCAACGCUGGCAUAUCUGAUAUCACCAUCCGUCCAGACAAGAAGAUUUUGGCAACAGCAGGGUGGGAUCAUCGCAUCAGGAUCUUUGGCUGGAAAAAGCUGAAGCCCUUAGCAGUGCUGGACUAUCACACAGCAACUGUGCACUGCGUGUCCUUCUCAGAUCACAGCAACCCCCGCGAGAGACUGCUGGCAGCCGGCUCCAAGGAUCAGCGCAUCAGUGUCUGGUCCAUAUAUGCUCAGACAUGACACGUCCUGCACUGCCGUGGAUUAGGAAAACAGGACUGGUGAAGCAAUUCCCAGCACUGUAAUUCAAAUGUGCAUGUGGGGAACUGGUAGAAUCUGUCUCCAUGCUGAAGUGAGAGUCCUAGGUUAAUUCCUAUGCUGCUUGUUUAAGAUCUAAGUUUUGUCUUCCAUAGAGGAAAGUGGAUUUUAAAUUCAUAAAAAGCACAACAAGGCCAGUCACAAAGAACAAAGUUGCUUUGGGUUCUGCUACGGGUUUUGCAACACCUUUCCUCUGGCAGGUUGCUGACAUAACUUGUGCCAAUACCUUUUUUACAAAAGGACUGGAAUCCCUCAAACUGCAGUGGAGGCAGAAUAUAUCUGUUUGUAAGUCAUUUAUGUAUCCAAGAAUCUGCGUAAGUGUAAAACAUCACUCUUUCUUGAAAAUUUAUACCCGUUAAACCACCUCCAGUGGUUUCUCACUGUCAGUUACUUUUUCUUCCCCGUAACUGAAAGGCUAUCAGAACACCCUUGAUUUGUUCACACUUCUGUCAGUUUCUAACUUAAACCAACAGCCAGGAAUGUGGCUAGGGAUGGCCUUAGGCAUUUAUAAAUUUCAUUAUGUCUCCUGUCACCUCAAGCCUCUCAAUUAAUCACAAGAAAGAAAGGGAAAAAAUCUUCCCCAGCAUUGCACUGCAAAGCUAUGUAAAGCCUUUUACAGAGCCAGUGCUAAAUCCUUUCCAUAGACUGAUGAGCUGAAGGAUUUAAACUCGGCAAUCCAAUUAGCGCCCUUCUCCUUGGAGAGUUAGGGGUAAGCUCCAGCGUGGCAAGUCUGGGAUUCAGCUGCACCACCCCCAUUAACAUUUAGGGGAAUCGCAGGGGUAAGUCCUUACCCACACAGUGCGAAUGGUUCCAUUAACUUGUCAUCUCUACAGUGGUGGAAGCUGAAAUUCAUUCAUGAAGGUUUGUUUUGUUUGACUCACAAAGCAGCAUUUGCAUUCUUCUAAAGCUUAUUAGACACACACCAGUGUGCUGAGAGCCAGGGUACUGCUGGAUUUGGUCACAAAGCUGCAGUGACAACUGUGUCCAGGCUGUGCACUGUUGAUACUUUAUUGGAAAUAAUUGUUCCUGCUCUGUAGAGAGGUGGAAAUCAAAGUAAAAGUGAUCAAAAGUGAACAGCAACAUCAAAGACUUUAGAAAUUAUUUCAGGAAAAACACACAUGCAAAUUUAGGUUUGGGUCUGUUAUCCAGCUGUGCCUUGCUGACAGAGAAUAUUGCUGGACUGAAAGCCUGAAGCACCCAACCUGAUGUUCUUCACAUUAAAACACAGAACCAGGAUACUGUUGCCAGGCUUUUCUAUAUAAAACGUGGCCUUACACAUUUUAGAGUGUGGUGACACUUUAAAUAAUGCAUUUCUUUGAUUAUUUCUUUACUAUUCAGUAGCUGCAUGGAGGAUCACAUUGCAGUUGAAGGUUAAAGCCUAAUUUUGAGUGAUCCCGAGUCAAGGGGAGGUGAUGGUGUUCAUUACACCUACCAGACUGAGUUGCACAUCUCCACACAUCAUCUGCCUCCCACACAGGAGCUGCCCCCACUGUUCAAGCAGCUCCGGCCUCAGCCUUGUGCAAUGGGAUGCAGUCACUCCACAAACCUGCUGCUGGAAGAAACCUUUUCUUUUGUUGUUUUUUCCCUCUCAGAGUAGGUCAGAAUUGACCUAAAGAAACAAUGAAAUAAAUAAAUGGAGAAAGUGUUGUUGCACGUGGUCUGGGGACCUGUCCUAGGGAAUUUGCACAGAGAUUCCCUUUUGCCUGUGCUGUCUGGUACAACACCACACGUGGCCCAGAGGUGCCAGUGUUCCUCCUCCAUGGCAGCAAACAGCAGCCUGCGCUCCUGGGCAGUUUACACAGAACUGAGCUGUAGGUUUAAUGCUCAUCCAGCAGGAAAGGAAAUCCAGGGCUCACCCAUCUUGGGCAAAGGGUUAGUGUAGGAAACAAUUUUUGAUGCAAAUACUCUGGUAUUGGCACAGUGGCAUCCCUCUGGAAAGAAGGAUUAAUACCCCGUGCCUUAUUAAGAGCAUGAUUAGCUCAGAGCCUGAAAGUUAGGAAUUCUUGAGUAUAUUUUCUCUGAAAAUUGCCAGUUACUGUCAACAUCUGUGUCUAAAGGAAUUGGGGAGACUCAUAAGGAAUGUUUAGAUUUACAAAUGUCUUUUGGAAGAUACUCUAAAGGUGUUUACAUCUAACUUACUGCCUUUUGCUGGCAGUUAAAUAUUUUUGUUUGUCUGAUAAGGUAGAUUUAAAAGCAAACUUAGUAAAGCAAGUACAAAUUGAAAAUGAGGACAUGAACUACAUCUCAGACACACAGGUGAGGGUUACAUCAGCUUCAGGGGGAAGGACGCAGGUUUCAGGGCUGCUUGCAGGAACAGACCCAUCCUUUACUUGCCACUACCAAAGCACUAUCCAUGCCAUACUUUUUCACAAUACAAUUAAUUCAUUAACAUUUUAAAUCACUACUGAUUUUAUUUAAACACUCAGUAAACAGAUUUUUUUUUGCAUUAUAGUUUCCUUGAAAUGAGCAACCUAGACUACACUAGUCUGAUUUAGAGUAGAGCUUAAAUGCCACAGUUUGAUUGUGAAUUACAAUCUUCUAACAGAUUAUUUGCCCAAGGAACUAACCUCAGCUUCUCCAAAGAAGAAUGGUUUCCAACAGGAAAGACAGUCUACAUUAGUACAGGCUGUAAAACACAAUUGUCUGAUUAUAACUGUAACUGUAAAAUACAGAUGUCUGAUUGCAUCUAAGAAAUUCACAUUUUUAAUUUUAAAAAAGUAAAUUUACAAUUGUGCCAUGAGCAUGGUUCCUGCUGAUUUGCUAGCAGAAUGUUGUGAGCAAAGAGCCACCUUAAGGUGCUGGAGUUAGCUCUGAAAUCUCACCUGCCAGAAAGGAACAGGGCUAGCCUGUACCUGGCCUAGAGGAUUCAGGAGUGCAGGUGAUGACAGCUAAAUUAUUACAAAAGGCUUCCUCCCAAGAAUCACCGUCUUUGGCACCAUGAGAGGGAAGAAAGCAACCGGCAUUCAUAAAAUAACAGAAAUAAAUCCCAAACACCAUCAUUUGUGCCGCAAUUACAUGGAAUAUUUUUCACCGCUGGAAUGAAUGGUGAUCUCUGACCCUCUAACAUUAUUUGCAAAUGAAUCCAUUAGUUACAACUCCUUCCUCUUAUCAGUACACAAGCCAUAAAGCACUGCAGUCCUUAGCGCAGAUGAGCAAGGAAAGAGGAGAUUAUUGUGUUUGUAGUAAUGAGUGGAAAAGGAAGUUAGCUGGGGGCAGGCAACGAGACAGUUGUUAAAUUUAGUCCUGUAGAACGUAAUUGCUACAGCAAGCCAAAAAAUUACUCUGCAGCUUGACUUGGACUGUUGCAAAGGUUUGAGUUUAAAAGAGCAGAUUUCUUACAGUUAAGCCAAUACUGGCUUCUGGACUGCUUUUGUUUUUAGCAUAUUUAAGAUGCAUCUACAAAGCCAACUUACAAAUUAAUAAAUCUUGCCUUUAAUUCAGUCUGCCAAGAACAAAGAUAGAACACUGACUACUGCAGGAGCCAUGUUAGUGAUGUAAACCAAAGGACUGGGGAUUAAACAAGGAUUACUGAGUGCUAAAUCAAUGUGCUUCCUUUUCUGGCUGUGUGUCUGUGGUGUGAAAGUGUGGAUCAUUACAUAAAACAUGGCACAUGACUGCCUGGAUUAAUACUAGACAAUGCUACGGCAGUGCUGAGACACAGAGUUUGAUGUUUAAGCAUGACCAUUGUGCUACCAGGGAAGUGACAGCCAUGACUAAGGAGAAAGGCAGGAGGGUUGUGCUAAUGUGUAAUAUGCUGAAAUUCCAGCCUGGGUCCCCCUACUGUAGCUUUUCCAAGUAAACUUGGCUGUGUUUGUCUAUUUCCUACUCUUCUGGGGCAUGCUGGAGGUUUCUUUUAUAAUGUGAAAGAAGCUAUCCAGAAUUAAGAUCAUACUGGGGAGGAGUUGGCAAUUCAUGUAAUGAUCUCACAGUAUCAAAUUAAAUGAAAAUGUAAUCUCUUAGUUGGGAAAGUUUUGCUCACCUGAUUAGUGGUCUGAACUACAGCUGUACAUCCUAUCAGCAGUGCUGGGUGUUGCUUUAUUCUGACCUCAGAGGAAUCUGAUUUGCAGUUGGGUUUGUAAGAGGAGGAGAAAGAGGAAGGGAAGGGGUAAACCAAAACAAGGAGCAACUUGUCCCUCUGAGGAAGACUGUGGAAGGUAUGAAGGGCCUUGCAGCAAACCACGGGCAGUGGCCAGAUCCUCCAUGGGAGAGGGACAAGGAUGGCUGGAAGAGAACCAGAUGGAACCAGACAGUAACAGGUCUGCCCUCUAAAACUCACACCAGCUUAUUUUUGUCUCAGACAUAUUUGCUUUUACUUUCCCAGCAUCCUUUUCUAAAGGUGUCAGUAGAGUAGGAAAUCCUGUAGACCAGAAUCUACACCUCUCAAUAAGCCUGUGUUCACCCAGAGGAGAGUGUAUUCAUUUCUGUGCUCUGAAGAGUCAUUAAACCAGAAGCUGCAGUGCCACAGGGGAUGGCAGGGGGAAGGACUGAGGUCCUGAGGCAGCCACGUGCACUGCAGGAGAACCACCCUGGAGCAUUAACUAUCUCCUCACAGGAGAGUGACAUGGCAGGGAAAAAAAUAUUAUUAUAAUAAUUCUCUGUUACAAUUUGAAGUUCUAAUUAUUAAAAAAAAGGAAUAAAAAAAGCUGUUAAAUUUACUUGAGAUUACCACUAGCUGCUGUUUCCUUCUAGUUUUUAUUCUCAGUAUACAUAAACUAGGGCAGCAAAAAAAUGAUUGAAAUCCUCAGAUGCUUUCUGGACAGCAAUGAUCUCUCUUUCUUACCAGGAUUGAUUGAGCCUGAUUAUGUCCAGAUCAGGAAAUCUAACGAGGAUGUUCAAAUGCUGAACCAUUAUUUGGCUCCAUAGCUCUGGCAAAAGUACAUUUUGCAGGGCCCCAUGGCACUGCUUGCUAUAAACAUGUUCUGACACAGGUAAGAAGGCAGCGGCUGCGCUGGGCCUAUGGAAUAACUUUUAACAUCACAGAGAAUGUGGCAUUUGUCGUGAUGGUAAUUUUAAAAAUUGCUGAUACAAAAUCUCAGUGAUUCGUGGAUGCAUUGUUUGUGUUCAUGGAAAAGUAUCUAGGCUGCUCUUAACACUUAGAGUAAGUAUUGUCUGUUCAGAUUUUUUUUGCCUCAGAUAUUUUGAUGGCAUGCAGACUUGGCAUCCUGCUAAAUAGAGACAUUGAGUCUUUAUAGUUUUAUCUCUUGAGCCCAUCUGGUUUGAAGUAGUUGACAGCAAGCAGGAAAGGGAAUAGAAUGAAAGACUCACUUCAUGUUUGCUGAAAUAAAAGAAAUGUGCAAGGCAGUGCUCAAAUAGAACCAGCCUGGGAGAAGGGCCGCAUCUCCCCAGCAUUCCCCUGCCCUUUCCAGAUGAGGGCUUUGCCUGCAGCUCCUCCACUCCUGCUGGCUCUUGUUGCCCACGGUUGGAGCUCACAUCCCAGGCAAAGGGCAGCUGAAGCAGGCAGGCUGGAGCACCAAGAGGAGGGGAACCAUCACCCCCUGGAACAAGGAACAAUGGGAGCGUGAUGUAAGUGAAGUAAAAUGGAAAUGCCAAGCUCCUGCCCAUCACCAGUGACAAAAGCAAUAGUGCCAACACCUCACACUAAGGUGCUUCUCUAAGUUUUAGAUGUUGUUUGUUCUGUUUUUCACUUCCUUUUUGCAAUUUAAAGCCCAAGAACAUCAGUCUGAGUCCCUGGGCACCCAUGCAGUCACUCCUGUGAGGGCAGGUACUGAGCACGAGGUGUCCUGCCCUGCCCACUGAAGCAGACACUGGUUGCCAGCAGGAGCGUCAGGGAGGAGUAGCAGGCUGCAGGGAAACAUUCCCUUCCCUUCUCCAUCUCCCAGAGACCUCUGAGAGCUGCUCACAGAGGAGCAGAACCCAGGCUGGAGUGGACAGUGCAGGUCACUGGCUCUCACAGGGGGUUGGGAGGCAGAUGGAAGCUGCCCUCCAGCCUGGCAGGAUGUCACAGCACACAGCACUGAGCCUUGAAAAUGCGUAGGGCCCCUUCUAUCUCUGCUGCUCCAUCUCCUUAUAGAAUUAGGUCCUAAAUGUGACUUCUCUGGCUCUUGUUCUUAAUCACUUUGUAACUAGUUCAAAUUUAUAAUUUUAACCUAAAUAGAAGUGAGUGAUUUAUUGUAAUUAUUUUGUAUAGGCUGCUCUUAAUAAACUUUUUUUUUUUUUUUUAAUCUGGAAAAACAUUUAAUUUCCCAUCUGGAAAGAACACAUUUAUCAUACUUUACUUGGAUAUACUUGGCCAACUAUUGCACAUAUAUGCAAAACAUAUGUGACAAAUUCAAGGCUGAAUUUCAUAAAACAGAAAUGCUGUGAAAGGUGAUAUAAUAAAUAUAUUACACAGACAUAUGUGGCCAAUUUAUACAACUAUGGUAUCUUUGGUAAAUUUAUAAUAGGUCAUUUCUAUUAAUGGGGGGAAUGAGUGUGUUUUUUCUGGCACAUGCAACACACCUAAUAUUUUACACAGCCCUCCUGAAGGACAGUGGGCCUUUGCAGAGCAGACUUGUACAUACAUUGUGUAUAUGGGACAUCUGUGUCAUUCAAAAUUAAUGCGUAUCUUCAAAACCAGCUCUUCCUUUUUGCAUGAAUUGUGUGUGCAACAUACUGGGCAGGGGAAAAAAAGUAUGAAAUACUAUUCUUUGAGAUUUGCAAAUCUCUGAUAUGCUAUCUAGAUUCCCACCCACAAUGGGUGUCUCACUGUAACAGACAGCAGGUUUUAUAUGCACUUGCUGAGCUCAUGAUAAUGGCAAUAAUAGAAAUCUUUGGGUACAGUCACUUUCACCUAGUUUUGUCAAACGUUGGUGUAAAUUACAUAUCUUAGCAAUUGAAUUGGAAUGAAUAAACGAAGAACAAAAUGCAUUUGUCUAGAAGAACGUUGCAUCCAUACAAAGUACAGGCCUCUACAC